AUGGAGGUGCUUAAGACGACGGCGAUCAGCGAGAAGGCGGCGGCCAAGCUGCUCAAGAAGUUCGUUGAUAGCAAAGAGGAGGAAGAGAACACGGAUCUGAUGAUGAACGAGGAAGUCAAGUUCCAGUUAUCUCAGGUUCUGGCGCAUUUGGAGGGCAAGAAGCCGCAGAUCCAGCAGCAGCAGGAAGAAUACCAGUAUGGACAGUACUAG